CGUUCAACUCUUCUCGGAGAAGCAGGAGACAGAUUUAUCCCAACUCAUUCAAACUAGAAGCCUGGUUGGCGAUUCACCAGGAUCCUCACCGUACACGACAUUUGACUGAAUAGGGAGACCCGUUUGAGUGUUUAAAAAACCGAGCUUUUGUUCGAUGCCUGUUCUCUAGCUGAGGAGCAAAGGACACUUUGGCAAACAUAAUCUGAAAACUUGUUUCAAAACUUUCGCGGUACGGUGCUAGACACACACACACGCGCGCGCUGUGAAUGAAUUAAAGCUGAAGGCAUCAAUUCAGAAGUUCAUUACAGCUACUCUCGGUAUCUUUAUUUUGUUUAUUUUGGGGGCGUUUGGCUAUUCGCUUAAUGCCUGUUUUAUUGACAUUUGCUCUUGGUUAUCUCCCGCAAGAUUUCUGAAUAUACUGUAGAAUCAUUUCAACACCUUGGUCGAUUCUCAAACACUGGAGGUUUUCAGCGCUUGGAGAAAGUGCGGUUUGACACCUGUUGCGUUCUGAAUAUGUGAUUGCAGAGUGUCCUGGAAGUACAAUUAAAGGGAACCAAACGAGUUGAAUGCAUGGGAACCUCGGGAUGGACAGUCAAAACGUUUUAAAGAGCUUAUUCCAGAAUUAGUACCUAAAUGAAAAACACGCUGACGCGAGAAACGGCGUGCAAAAACAAAAGUGGUUAAGAGUGGAUUUUUUGUGCUCAAGAAGAGACUCCUUACUUGUUUAAAGGACUAUUCUUUUGCAGGAAACUUUAAACAGGUUCAACUUGUGUACUUAGCUCCGGAUUACAAACCAUUAUUUUUGGUCAGUCCAUCGUGAUUAUAUACCAUUUUACUUUUCUUACCAAAAUAAGGGUUCUUUGAGAACAGAUUUCAUAACUGAACUUCGUCUCUGGACCAGAAAACGGAAUUGACAAUUCUGCUGACAAUUCUGCAGCUGUACAUCAGCGCUUAACAUGCAGAAGAGCACGUUGAAAUUACGAUCGUUGGUCCACGGAGAUUGGAAAAUCAGGAUGAUCCAGGGACAGGUCACCCGGGCUGGAAUACAUUUACUGUUGGUAGUCGCCCUGAUGACCUGUAGCUCGCAGUUCUUAGUCGAUGCGAACUCUUGGUGGUCUUUAGCGAUGAACCCUAUUCAGAGGCCGGAGAUGUACAUUAUAGGUGCUCAACCUCUGUGCAGUCAGUUGACUGGACUGUCCCAAGGCCAGAGGAAGCUGUGUCAACUGUAUCAGGACCAUAUGGUUUAUAUAGGUGAAGGAGCAAAGACAGGUAUCAAGGAAUGCCAAUACCAGUUUCGACAACGGAGGUGGAACUGCAGCACAGUGGACAACACGUCAGUCUUUGGCCGGGUAAUGCAAAUAGGCAGCAGAGAGACGGCUUUCACGUACGCCAUCAGCGCCGCGGGGGUGGUGAACGCCAUCAGCCGGGCCUGCCGCGAGGGGGAGCUAUCGACCUGCGGCUGCAGCCGGGCCGCGCGGCCCAAGGACCUGCCCCGCGACUGGCUGUGGGGGGGCUGCGGGGACAACGUCAACUACGGAUACCGCUUCGCCAAGGAGUUUGUGGACGCGCGGGAGCGGGAGAAAAACUACCCCAAGGGCUCCGAGGAGCACGCCCGCACCCUCAUGAACAUUCAGAACAACGAGGCCGGGAGGCAGGCAGUCUAUAACCUGGCGAAUGUUGCCUGCAAGUGUCAUGGCGUAUCGGGGUCCUGCAGUCUGAAGACCUGCUGGCUCCAGCUGGCCGACUUUCGGCGGGUGGGGGAGUUCCUGAAGGAGAAGUACGACAGCGCCGCCGCGAUGAAAAUCAACCGCAAGGGCAAGCUGGAGCUGGUCAACCACCGCUUCAACCCGCCCACGCCCGAAGACCUGGUGUACAUCGACCAGAGCCCCGACUACUGCCUGCGCAACGAGACCACCGGCUCCCUGGGCACCCAGGGCCGCCUGUGCAACAAGACCUCCGAGGGGAUGGACGGGUGCGAGCUGAUGUGCUGCGGCCGGGGCUACGACCAGUUCAAGACCUACCAGUACCAGCGCUGCCACUGCAAGUUCCACUGGUGCUGCUACGUCAAGUGCAAGAAGUGCACGGAAAUCGUGGACCAGUUCGUCUGCAAGUAGAACCGGCUGGCAGCCAGGGCACCAGUAACUACAGCCAAAAAAGGAAAAAAAACAAAAAAACAAAAACAAGAUAUGAUUUAAGUAAAUAAAGAGAAGAUAAUUUAAUAAGACUUUUUUUAAAAAAAUAGAGGAAAUUAUCAUGAAGAGGCAUGAGGAACCCUUCCUUUUGUGUGUGUGUGUGUGUUUUUGGUUCGCAACACACCUACAGCAGCCUAAGCCGUGCUAAGUGGAGGUGCCGUUCGGGAAAACUGGGAUGCGCACCCUGAACCUGCUUUUACACGCACACGCAGACACGGACCCUGCUCUGCCGAAAUCUCGAGUCCUUGAGUGCUUAAAAUCGAGUGGGGAGCCUUUCUUUGUGGACUUGUGGAGGCCUUUUACGGAACUCCUUCUGAAGAAAAAGAAAAGAAAGACACCCAUUCUGCCACACCCCAGAUAAUCGUUUUUUAUAGAACAGCCAAACCUUGCCCCAUUGCCUAUUGCCAGCAGAAUAGAAGCAUGGUAAGAGGGACUGACAAGGGUGAGGCUUUUCACCUGUUAUGUUAGCUGUUUCCAUCUGCUACGUUCGAUUCAUCCCAACUGCCUGUCUCUUUGCUUAUGUUUAAGUCUAAACUGGGAAUACUUAAAGUUGCAUAAUCAGGAUGUAUCUCUCUAGCACUCCACUUUCAUUUACCCCCCUUUCUCCACGCUAAUCUCAUCCAACGAGCUGUCGAUGACAGGGCCCCUAGCCAGGUGGGCCCAGUUUACUCUCUCCUCUUCGAUAACAGAGAGGAAGCCAGGUCUACUGAUGUUGCUCAAAAGUCUCUGCCCAGCCAAGAGGAAGACUGACACACCACAGACCAGAAGAGGAAUCAUUCACUAAACAAAACAUUCGUUUCUCUGGAUGUCUGAGGACUAGAAACAUUGGAGAAGAAAAGAACACAACUCGUGUCAAAUAAGAGUAUAAGCAUGUUUGUUGCUUGGCUGAAGCUCGUGUUUUGUCUGAAGCUUUUCAAUUGGAAAGUAAACUUUGGGCUGGUUGUACACUUCAGUGUGUUCAGGUGAAUGAUACGUUGGCGGGGAAUGUCAAUUUGACUUUUUUUACACUCACUAAAAUUAUUUUAUUAACAGCUUCUUGUCUUUGUCUUCCUCCACAAUUUGUCAGAUACAGGCAUUUCUAAACUGCACUCUAGAGUGAUGGAUUUAACAACAUUUAAUUCCAAUGCAGGCAUCAUCUAUAGACAAGCCCACUACAUUUAUUUGCUCAUUUUGUAGAAACUGGGUGGAACGCAUUGUGCGUAAAAAGUUCUUGACUGACAGUGUUUUAAAGACCUAGACACAUUGUCAUGGGUAAAUUUAUUUUGGAAAAAUUUAAAUUUUGAAUGUUAAAAUGCACCUAAAAGAAAAAGGCACAACUUUAAGCAUUUAAGGAAGAAUGACAAUCAUUGCAAUGGUAAUGAUUGUAGCUUACUGAGAAUAAUGGAUUUUGUAUUACACACGUUAAGUGUAUUUCUAUAUAUUGUUUUCGGUUAGUUUGAAAACCGGUGUUUCUCUGACUCUAGCCUGCCCUUGUUAUGCUCUUUUGAAAUACCACAGUUUCAUUUUGUGGUGUUUUUCUCUUGGGAUGAACAAACUGCAUUUUUAAUGCUCUAGCCUGAGUCUUUUCAGGGUGACUAUUUAUUUAAAGAAGAUGCCUCAGUGACCCUGUGUUUGAGAAUCCUAUUCCCAGCAUCUCCUCAGCUCCUGAGACCAAAGUGGAAACAGUCUUUUGUACCUCUUCAACGUUGCUGGAAAUAUGUAAAUAAUUUCCCUUAUAACCAAAUGCAUUAAUGACAGAGUAUAGGCUAUGACAUCUUUUUGUAUAUCUCAGAGAACUACUGUCUCACAAUUAUACACUUACCAUGUACUUUUUUCUCCAACCCCUUUACCUUGAAAAAAAGAUAAUUAUUAAAGUAAUAUCCUUGUUUUGA